AUGGGGGGCGCCGCUGGCGGACGGUGGUGUUGGUGGGCGGCGGUCACUGCCACAUCCAGUGUGGGGGUUGAUGGCUUGAUGGAUCUGGUGGAGCAAAGCUCAAUGGGUAUUGAGUCUCCGACGACAACAGCCUAUUAUUCGGGCAUGAUUCCGGGCUUGAUCGCGGGACACUACGCCGAGGCAGCCUGUCGGGUUGAUUUGGCACUCUUGUGCCACCGGUACAAAUGGACGCUCAUUGUCGGCACCGUCACGGGUAUGGACGUGAGCGCACAAACCAUCACAUACCAAGAUGGUCAAGGCCUCUCAGCCCAGCUCUUAUACGACUGGGCUGCCCUUAAUAUUGGCUCUACCAUCAAGUUGGCUCUACUUUGUCCCACUGCGAUACCAUUGGCCCAGCACCAAGCUCUUCUUGCCACGCGUCCGAUUGCAGAUCUGAACACAAAGUUGUCCACAUUCAUCGAGGCGUGGACUGCGGAGCAUGCGGGCCAACACAUGACCGUGGCGGUCGUGGGAGCUGGCGCAGCUGGCCUGGAGCUAGCCUUUUGCAUUGAACAUCGUCUUCAGCAUGGCCUCGGCGUCAACUGUUCUACCUCUCUCAUCUCGGCUGCACCCACAGCCCUUGGCCUGGCGGCUGGUAGUAUGUUGGUGUGCAAUGCUCGGGUGCGGGCCAUCCAGGAGCACGGGGCGCAACUAGAGCUUGCCUUCAUGGACGAACAGCUACCGGCCCGACGGGCCGAUCUGGUCAUCCUAGCCACAGGAGCUGAUGCCCAUGAAUGGCCUGCCAGCAGCAGCUUGACCUGCGACUCACGUGGCUUCAUUCGCGUGAAGGAUACACUACAGGCCCUGCGAGUGAAGACCGUCUGCAGCGAUCGCGUCUUUGCCUCGGGCGACUGUGCCUCGAUGGAUAGUUACGCGGGUCAAAAGCCGCCAAAGGCAGGGGUGUAUGCUGUGCGGGCGGCUCCGGUCGUGAUUCACAACCUCAAGACUCUAAUCGACGAGGAGCUGCACGGCACAUCUGCACACGCACGGCUGGAGACGUUUGUACCCCAAUCGGCAUUUUUGUCCCUUCUGACGCUUGGCGAUGGUACUGCCCUGGGGACCAAGUGGGGCCUCGCUUUCGUGGGGCGUUGGGUAUGGCAUUUGAAGGAUCAUAUUGACAUGACUUGGAUGCGUUCCUUUGGUGACGCCGGGUCGGGCCUGGCUCCCAUGGUCGUUGCUCCACCUGAUGCACCCGCCAUGGCUGCCCAAGCUCUGGUAGCAACUGAUGCGGAUUUUAGCAUCCAGCAUGCCAUAUUGCAGCGCAUGGCCGUCGAUGAAGCCUACCGUCAUGCUGUUCUGCACGCACACGACCAAGUCACCAUGGUCUGA